AUGCUAAUACUGCAGGAUCUCAAGACUCGUGAAAAGACUUGGUUCACUCCAUCGAAGAACCAGUUCCGGGUCAAGCCUGGCAUCGUCGUGAUGAAGUUUGGAGAGCAGCUUCGGUCGAGCAUCAUUCGCGAGUACCAGUGGUACUACAUCGACUACGAUGACUUGAAGGCGGAUCUGAAAAAUGCCACCGGUCCUUUCGUCAACGGCAACGAUGGAAAAAGUGAAUGGACCGAGGCAGACGAGACUCGCUUCGUCGGCAAGCUCGAGACCGAGCUCGAGAAGGUGCAUACGAAGCAGCAGGUCAAGGCUAUGGAAAUCAGCAGACGGAUCGCGGUUAGCGAGCGCGAGGUCCGAGACGUUGUCAACCGCCUCAACGAACGAGGGCUUAACGAGACCGGACCCAGCGAGGAGGAAUUCAUGCUAUUGGAAGAGGACCUCAGCGACAUCAUCGCCGACGUUCACGACCUCGCCAAAUUCGUGCAACUCAACUACACGGGAUUUUAUAAGAUAAUCAAGAAGCACGACAAAAGCACAAAGUGGUACCUCCGCCCAGCGUUCGAGACCCGACUCAAAGCAAAGCCCUUCUACAAGGAAAACUACGAUGCUUCUGUUGUUCAGCUGUCCAAAUUGUACGACCUCGUCCGGACGAGAGGAAACCCCGUCAAGGGCGACAGUGCCGCUGGAGGUGCGCAGGCCAGCUUUGUACGACAGACAACCAAAUACUGGGUGCAUCCGGACAACAUUACCGAGUUGAAGCUCAUCAUCCUGAAACAUCUGCCGGUCCUUGUCUUCAACGCUAACAAGGAGUUCGAUCCCAAAGACUCGGCCAUUACCUCAAUUUACUAUGAUAACCCUGAGAAGUGGGAUCUGUACGAGGGUCGUCUCAAGAAGACGGAAGGUGCUGAGGCUAUCCGACUCCGGUGGUAUGGCGGCAUGGAGACCGAAACCAUCUUUGUCGAACGCAAGACGCAUCGCGAAGACUGGACUGGCGAGAGCUCCGUCAAGGCUCGUUUCAGCAUGAAGGAGAAGAACGUCAAUGCAUACAUGAGGGGCGAGCUUCUACCGCCUGCCAUCUUCGAGAAGGCGCGCAAGGAAGGGAAAAAGUCUGAGAAAGCCAUCGCUGAGGACGAGAGACUAGCGUCGGAGAUUCAAUACUCCUGCAUCAAGAAGGGGUACAAGCCCGUCUGCCGCUCGUUCUACCACCGCACAGCAUUUCAGCUUCCAGCUGACGCCCGUGUGCGUAUCUCCCUGGACACCGAGUUGACCAUGGUGCGAGAAGACAACCUGGAUGGACGAAAACGCAGCGGUGAUAACUGGCGGCGGAUGGACAUUGGCAUCGACUAUCCCUUCUCGCAACUGCCCCCCGAGGAUGUUGUUCGCUUCCCAUAUGCCAUUCUCGAAGUCAAGCUACAGACGCAAGCCGGCCAGGAACCCCCUGAGUGGGUCAGGCAGCUUAUUGCAUCUCACCUCGUCGAGGCUGUGCCCAAGUUCUCAAAGUUCAUUCAUGGCACAGCAUGUCUGUUCCCUGAUCGUAUCAACCUGCUGCCCUUCUGGAUGCCACAAAUGGAUGUGGACAUUCGCAAGCCCGCGAGCCACGACUUUGGUAUUCGCCGUCCUGGGUUGUCUGGCACCACUACAACCUCGGACGACGAGGACGAUCUGGAUUCGGACGACGAGGAGGAUCGGGUUGCCGCUGCAAGCGGCCCGUCUGCGCCUUCGCGUCCCGCCGGCCAAAGUAAUGGGCAGAGCCGUGACAGUCGCAGGGAUGUCGAAGACCAGACAAGGGACCUUCCGGCUGCUGUUGAUGAAGCGUUCCCCAUCUAUGAUUCGGACGAAGAAUACGACGACGACUACGAGCUCGAGGAGGCCAGGCGUGUUGGCGGCUGGCACUACUACCACACACUGAUCUCCACAAAGGGGCGUGAGUUCGGCCACAAGACGCUUGAUCUUCUGAAAUUCGCCAUCCCAGCGCCUCGGAGCACCCAGGUUGGUCGAAGCGCGCGCCAGCAAAUGCUCUUUGGCGACCAGGACAUCCAGACAAAGAAGUUCAAGGCGCCCAAGGGGAAGAAGAUCUACGUCCCUGUGCGCGUCGAGCCCAAGGUCUACUUUGCGGCCGAGCGCACGUUCCUUGGCUGGCUCGAAUUCUCCAUAUACAUCGGCACUAUCGCCGUCACACUCCUUAACUUUGGCAGCCACCCCACCAAGACGUCUUUCCUGGUGUCUGGCAUCUUCACUCUGCUGGCCAUCCUUAGCUUGAUCUACUCAGUCGUCAUCUACCUUUACCGCAGUCGCGCUAUCCGCGAGAGGCGAGCAGCCAAGUACUUUGACAAAUGGGGGCCCAGUAUCCUUUGCGGAGCGUUGUUCAUUGCGGUGGCUCUGAACUUUGGAUUUGAGGGGCGUGAGCGCCAGGUUUGGUGA